AUGUUCCGCUCCGCCAUUGUCCGCUCCCUGAGGGCCUCCGCUCCCCGUGUCGUCAAGACCCCGGCUCCCUUCCACAUCCGCAGCUCCCCCAUUGCUGCCAUUCCCCAGUUCACUCCCUUCCAGGGUGCCCGUCUCUACUCUGCCCCUGCCGGUCUCUCCAAGAACGAGGCUGAGGGUCGCAUUGUCAACCUUCUCAAGAACUUCGACAAGAUCAACGGCGCCUCACACUUCUCCAACGACCUCGGUCUGGACAGCUUGGACACUGUUGAGGUCGUGAUGGCCAUUGAGGAGGAGUUCAGCAUUGAGAUCCCCGAUAAGGAGGCUGACCAGAUCCACAGCGUCGAGAAGGCUGUUGAGUACAUUCUGGCCCAGCCCGAUGCUCACUAA